AUGAACUCAAAAACUAUUCUCAUUGCUUUGGCCGUUUACCUCUGUGUUACAGUAGCGCUCGCUAUCAAAUGCCACACUGGCGUGGAUACGGUAGCGGCCGGCUCGGUGGAGUGUUCGGAAGGUCAAUGCAUGAACUCGACGUCGGUCGAAAGCUCGGUCUUUGGCUGUGAUUUUAGUCAAGUCUGCGAACUGUUCCAACUCUUCGAUGGUUGUAUCAGCGACGGCGACAAGGUGGUAUGUUGUUGUAGUAGCGGCGACAACUGCAAUGUGAACCAAGGCAGCUUGAAGAACGUGGUCAGCAAUUUGGUCAGCGUUUAA